GUGGUGGAGAUCAUCCAUAUUGCUGCUAGUGGAGGAGAUAAGGUUGUAAUCCUACGAGGCCCUCGGACACGUUUCUUUAUUUUUAUACAUGUUUUAACUCGGCGCUGACUGCUCUGCGUCUUAGACUGAAGCUCUUUUGGUCUAGGAGCGACAGAGGAGCGGCAGACUCCGCGGAACAACUUCACAUUUCCUUUAAAUUGAAGCCGAAUCGGGCCGGGGGGAGGACUGGUAAUCCUGAGGGGGGAAGAAAGACGGUGGUGGGAAAUGGCCACUCAGGUGGAGACUCUCCUGCCCGGCAACCCGCUUGCUAAAGCGGAGGAACACGGUAAAGUGAUCCGCGGCGAGCCGGAGGUAGAGGAGGGCGGCCGGGGCGACGGGGCCAAGCGGCAGACGGGUGUCGCCGAGCAGGGGAGCAGCAGCAGCAGCAGCCCCGGGCAGGGAGGGACCCCCGGAACGGAGGAGCAACCCUCCAAAGAGGCGACAGAGGAGAGCAAAGGGGGUUGUGACAGCGACGACAAGCAAAACGAGGAAGGUGUUAAAAGCAGAAAGGAGUUUACUGAAGCUCCCCCGCCCAAGGUGAACCCGUGGACUAGGAAAAUGAAUGCGGUGACCGUGGUCAGCGUGAAUGGACAAGCACACCACGAGUCUACCGGCCCUGCCAAGGUGGUGAGAGCAGGGAACCCGCCCAAAACCAGACGUGGAGGAAAGGUUGGAGAUUUUGGUGACACCAACAGCUGGCCAACUCCCGGAGAGAUCGCGACUAAAGACAUGCAGAUCGAGGCAGUGACACGGACCGUGUCCUGCCCGCCAGCUGUCAGGCAGGUCAGAGACUCAUGGAGAUCCACUGCUCCAAAAAAGACAACGGUCAAGAAGGAGGCAAAGGAGAAGAGAGAGAGCAACGAGGAGAGCAAGGAGAACCUGAAGGCCAAGUCAGACGACUCUGGAGAGGAGAAGAAUGGCGAUGACGACUCCCAGAAGAACGGACCGAAGAAAAAAGGUAACAAGCAGAAGUGGGUUCCUCUGAUGAUCGAGGUGAAGUCCGAGGGUCCCAGGGAGCGCUCAGCCUCAAGGAACAACAGCAGACAGAAUGAAAAUCCCCGUCUGCCUCCCAACGCCAGGAACGAUCUCAGAGACUGGCACAGUCAAAAGUAUGAGCGGGAGUGGCGCGAUGACCACGACGAGGUUUCCAGCGUGAAGAGCGAGGGAGCGCCGUUCCGUGGAGGGUUCAGAGGUCGUGGACGUGGAAGAGGAAGAGGCAGGGGACGAGGCAGAGGUGGCAGAGGCCACUAUGACUACCACUACAGCUACAAGUCCUACGACGUGAAAGAUGCACCCUAUGGUCAGAAGUUUGGCAACACGGUGACAUACUACUACGACAACAUGAGCAGCAACGACCUUUACUCCGUCGACCAGGACCUGCUGAAGGACUACAUCAAGAGACAGAUUGAGUACUACUUCAGCCUGGACAACCUGGAGCGUGAUUUCUUCCUGCGGAGGAAGAUGGACCAGGAGGGCUUUCUGCCCAUCGGACUGGUUGCCAGUUUCCACAGAGUGCAGGCCCUCACCACUGACGUCAACCUCAUUCUGGACGCUUUGAAGGACAGUAAGGAAGUGGAAGUAAUCGACAUGAAGAUCCGUCGGAAGGUGGAACCAGAGAAGUGGCCUCUGCCCGGCCUGGCCAUGCCGAACCAAACCCACACCGAUUUCUCCCAACUCAUCAACUGCCCUGAGUUUGUCCCGAGGCAGAUGACAGAGGAGCCCAGAGGCUCUCCCAGGGCCUCCACACCGGUGAAGCAAAACAGCAAGACAGAACUAGACACCUCCAACCUCAAGACUAUGCCCAAGGGCCUCUCCGCCAGCCUCCCCGACUUGGACUCGGAGUCCUGGAUCGAGGUCAAGAAGAGGCCCAGACCGUCCCCAGCCAGACCCAAGGUCAGCACAGAGAAGGCCCCCUCGUUGCAGCAGAAGGAAAAAGACGACUCAGUUCGCUCUCCGGUACCUCAGCCCGGCUCUUCACCCUCACCUGCUGGAAAUAAGGAUGGUGCGGAGCAGGACGAACCAGAGGAGCUCGACUUCAUGUUUGACGAGGAGAUGGAGCAGAUAGACGGACGGCGCAACACCUUCACCGACUGGUCGGAUGAGGAGACGGACGGCGAGAUCGACGACCACGACGUCAACAAGAUCUUGAUCGUGACACAGACGCCGCCCUACCUUAGGAAGCACCCGGGAGGAGACCGCACGGGAAACCACACAUCACGCGCCAAACUGUCCAGCGAGCUGGUCAAAGUGAUCAACGACGGGCUCUUCUACUAUGAGCAGGACCUGUGGGACGACACGUAUGAGCCCGAGUACGCCACCAUCAAGCAAGAGGUGGAGAACUUCAAGAAGGUCCACUUGAUCAGCCGCGAACAGUUUGACUGCCUGACCCCUGAACCCCCAGUCGACCCCAACCAGGAAGUCCCUCCAGGCCCCCCCAAACCCCAGCAGAUCCCCACAGACGCUUUGGCGAACAAACUCUUCGGUGCCCCUGAGCCCUCUUCAAUAGCCCGCUCGCUCCCAACUACCGUGCCUGACUCACCCAACUACCGCAGUGCCCGGACGCCUCGCACGCCUCGCACACCUCACCGAAAGGACCAGACCAUGACGCCGCGCUUCUAUCCAGUGGUGAAGGAAAGUCGGCCUGUAGAUGCCAAGACACCCAGGAAGAGGAAGACCCGACACAGCUCCAACCCACCCUUGGAGUGUCACGUUGGCUGGGUGAUGGACUCAAGAGAGCAUCGCUCCCGUACUGCCUCCGUCAGCUCUAAUGCCAGCCCGUCGGAGGGCACCCCCGCCCUGGGUAACAUUGGCUGCACACCUCAGUCUCUCCCCAAGUUCCAGCACCCAUCACACGAGCUGCUCAAGGAGAACGGCUUCACACAACACGUUUACCACAAGUACCGCCGGCGUUGCCUAAAUGAGCGAAAGCGGCUGGGAAUCGGCCAAUCACAGGAGAUGAACACGCUCUUCCGCUUCUGGUCAUUCUUCCUGCGAGAUCACUUCAACAGGAAGAUGUACGAAGAGUUCAGGCAGCUGGUGGUCGAGGACGGGAAAGAAGGAUACAGGUACGGUUUGGAGUGCCUGUUCAGGUACUACAGCUACGGUCUAGAGAGGAAGUUCAGGCCAGACAUUUUCAAGGACUUCCAGGAAGAGACCAUGAAAGACUACGAAGCUGGCCAGCUUUAUGGACUGGAGAAGUUCUGGGCCUUCCUUAAAUACUCCAAAGCUAAGACUUUGGAAAUCGACCCCAAGUUGCAGGAAUACCUGAGCAAGUUCAAACGUCUGGAAGAUUUCAGAAUUGACCCGCCUAUGGAGGAAGGAGGCCGCAGAAGACACUCAUCCAGCGGGGACGGUCGCCGCCGGCACCCCUCUCAACCCUCCAGUCGGCCCCAUAGCCAGGCCAGCUCAGGCCCCAGCCCCGCCCCCACCGCCCACGGCCCUGCAGCCAAGGAUGAUGCCAAACCCACCAGCCAGAAAGCCCCUGCCCCAGCUGCUGACCCCGCACCAGAUGCCAAGACACUGAAAUAACUCAACAAAUACAUCGGCCCACAUGGAUCGACUCAACCACGUCUGUAAGUCGCUGGUUCUCUCUGCGCCACAGGAGGAGGGGAGGGGGGGGGGGCCAUUUCUCAAUUCAAGCAUGAAAGUAGUUUUUUAUUUUUUCCUCCCCUUCAAAGACUUUUGACUGAGAAAUAAGGAAGACAAGUAAUUAAUAUGGCUCAGUUUAUUAGUUAUAAGUUUUUGAGAAAGAAAAUACUUUUUUGUCUUCAUGAGGCAAGAAAUUGAUGUAGUGUCAAACACAUUCUUUUUCUUUUAUAAAUACUUGCCAGUCCACAGUUUAUUUGAUGAUUUACUACCUUGGAAUUUUUCUUUUUUUUUUUUCUUUUUUUUUAAAAAAAACAUUUUCAUGUUGACCCCCCUCUCUGUCUCUGGGACCGCUCUUUGAUUGUCACUGUCCUGCUGGCUGAAAGAUAUUUGAUUCCUCUCCCAGAUCUCAGAUUUAUGAUUAUUAUUUCGUUGGCAUGUGGUGAGAUUGGAGACUUGGAAAUAGUUUGAACAAGACUGAGCAUCUGAAAGCCCCGCUAGUGGCCAUGCUGGAGGCCUUGCUGCUCCUGACAUCCAACCGGACCAAAGUGGUUUGAACCGAGCGACUGACAUUUCCAUCUGCAGAGCCCCCCGGUGCUCCCAGUAGAGGGGCUAAAAAUUAAAAAUAUUUGAUUUACUUUAUGGCUGGACAUUGAGGGGAAAAUAUUAAAGAACCAAAUGAUAAAAAGAGAGAGAGAAAAAAAAGAACUAGUACCUAUCCCUCAAUAUGGACACGAUCAUUGAAAGUUGCCUUAUUUUAAUGGUUUUACUGCUUCUAACUUGUGCCCGCCACCUUAUUGUCGAUUGUACAGCAUUGAAAUCAACCAUGUAUCUGGUCACCAUUUUCAGCUGGUGCCACUAGGUGGUGCUGUGUCUGCCAAACCGUUUCAUCCCCCGCUCCCUUCCGUCACCUUUUCUGAACUGUCUUCCAAGUGUCAUUCGGUCUGUUACAAGUCCUGUAAUUCUUCCCUGUGUUUGCAAGUCGUGGCUUUUCGUGCUAAAACUGGUGGAAGUUCGUCCCUUACAAAACAAAAGAAAAACACUUCAGUGGGGUUGAGAGUUGGGAAGGGAGAAUCCCUGAUGAUCUCCCUUAUGGCUGCUUCCUGACUUUCUCUGCGCCUCCCCGUCAGACGAGCUGCAUCCAUCCAUUCAUCCAUCCGUUUGACAUCCAUCCAUCAGUCGACCAUCAGUGACAAUACAGGACUGGAAUCAUCAAAUCUGGAUUACUUGAAGAAGCGAUGGUUAUGAGGAGGGCUGCCGUGCUCUGUUGUAGGUGCUCUGGGUGGAGCAUAAAUGAGGCUCAGACGUUUGGCCUCCGACUUCACCUUUAAACUGAGGCUCGCUCAACCUGAUUGGGCCUUGAGUGCUCCCCUACUCUUCCUGUUUCACACUCAGAUACACACAUCAGUUGCAGGCAUGAACACUGACAGGUGUAGUCGCACGCAGGUACAGAUGUAGCAGCAUGAGCAAGAUGAAUACAAAACACAGACAUCGCUCAAUGUCUUGCCUCGCUGUGGACAAAAAUUCAAGACUGGACUCUGUUCUGUCGUCACGCUUCCUACAGUCAACCAUGUGGAUAGCUAAAUCUUUAUCCGACUCGAGUACUGAUGAUAUCAAAUUGAAGAGUGAUUCUUUUUUUCAACAUCCAAUGUAAAUGUGAAUUUGACAGAUGAAGAGAAAUGAUUACAACUCCCUGUUCCUUGUUUUAU